UCGUCUUCAAAAAAUAUGCAUAUUUACUAUAAAUUCUAAAAUAGACACCAAUUUCUAUGAAAUAACAAACUGAGUUUUUUUUUAAGAAUCUAGUCUAUCUCUGGGAAUAAAAAAUAAAAAUUUGUGAUGAUACUCUUCACAAAUCUCAUUUCGAGAUGUGAUUGGGAUUCGAAUCCCGAGGCAAAUCAGCCAGUGCCAUCGUUCGCACUGACCGUCGCCGAUGUCGAUCGUUCGAGACUCGCAACCAUCAUCGAAAUUGUCGGACAUUGCUCCUGUUCCACAGUUCGUUACCCCGGUCGGCACGUGCAUUCCCACCGAACAAGGCACCGCUCAUUGUAGGGCUCUGAACGAGCGAAAAGAUGCGUCUCUUCCUCUUGUUUCCUUUCGCCCGUGCCACUGCUUUCGGAUUUCACAUCUUCGAGAAUCUGAGUUCUCCCGUAUCAGGACGGCCGGUCGCAUGUGAUCGAUCGAAGAGGGGAUAUUGCGGCGCAGGAAGACUCAGAUAAGUAGUAGUAACUUGGACGAGAAUGGGUCACGGUGGGAACAGAUGGGUCAGACCGGAGGUUUAUCCCAUAGUGGCUGUGAUGGCUUUUGCUCUUGGUAUAAACGUGUUUUCCAUCGCCCGCAACGCAAUCGGCCAUCCCGACGUGAGAAUUUCUAAGGAGGAUCGAGGAGCUGGUUACUUGGAGAAUUUUAAAGAAGGGAAGAACUACAAACUUCACGGUCUCAGAAAGUAUUUAACAGAUAAAGACCACGAAGUGAUGCCGGGCAUCAACUCUGCUCUUGGUGGAUUCAAAAAAGAAAAGUGAUCCAUCAGUGUUGACAGUAAUGUAAAUAUUGAGAUUUUUGACCUGAUUGGAGUUGGAUGUACUUUACGAAAUGAUAUCAGAACUGAUGAAGUGGUCAUCAUUUUCCCAGAUUCGGCUUCUGGAGUGGACCUCUCGCCAAACUUGCUGAAACUCAGAGCGAUCAAUUUGUCAGUCGCCGUCCUGUGGGAGGAAUAUGGACAUGUAUCUGGAACCAAGGAGUUUGAGAAAGCUCAAACUUACUUACUCGACUAGUUGUAAAAGAGCAGACGCAAGCAAGCAAGUGAUUUUCAACUCGUACUCUCAUCCUUGAAAGCCCAAGGAAAGUAUCUAUCUACAUCCAGGGUCGUCUGUCCGAGAACCUCUGACGAGCAAUUGCACAUGUUCAGAUCCCUUCAGAAAAGAGGCUACAGACAUUGAAAGUACAAGUGAACUUACUUUGAAACACUGCAUUCUAUAAACGUGAGACGGUUCUUUUCACUUGUAACACUUGCUUCAACAACCAGAAAGUUGAAGGCUUAGAAUGCUCUUUUUGACUAUCGAUAUGAUCCAGAAUCAGGAUGUAAGUUAAGAAGAAUGAACGGGUCAUAUCGUCUAGGAGCGUGAAAUCUUACUCUCUAGUUCUCUGCAUUGUGAGUUUUUCAGCAAUUUAGCCACCUGCAGUUCCACAUCAGUUCCAACAUCUGGUAAACAUGUGAUCUUCAACCUCAUUCUUUUAUCUAAAAUCCGACGGAGUUAUCAGAACACGGAAAGUCUCAAUAGGUACCUUAAUGGUGUGAAGCUCAUAUUCUACUACAAGGCAAAUAAGCCAUGAAACGAAGUUGGCUAGACUACAUACAAUUCACAUGCGCUUCUAUCCUGUAUUAAGAGAGUUUCGGCAAGACACGUGGAAUGAAAGAUAUAAUGCAUGUAUACAGUACAUGGAUGGACCAUAAGGACCUGAUGUUAUACCUGUAAUUAUUUCAUUUCUUCGAGAUUUUAUUUUCUUUUAAAUUCAAUAAAGUGAGAUGAAAUGUG